AACUUAUAGAAAAGUGAUACGUCCACACAGAACCUGCUCCAAAAGACUAUCUUGUUUGACGAUUUGAGUUAACCUCACAAUCUGCCAUUUUCUCUUUUCAAAAUUUUAUUCGUCUUCAUCUUUCGAUCAAAGUGCAAAAGUCACGUCAAAGUUUAUUUUUUAAUAAUAAUUAUUUAGUGUUGAACUAUCACAGAUGGCAAGUCAGAUUUUGAAGAGCUGCCUGAAGGGGUCUAUUGCACGCUGUAAACAAGCUAUGCCACUUGCUGCUAGCUGUCGUUCCGCACAUCAUGGUGUGGUCGAUUACGAGCUUGAAAAGAUUGGAAAUCGCGAAGUCGUUGGCUAUGGAUUGAGUGGCGAUCCUAACUACCUCGACAAGGUCAUGACCCCAUUCCCAGCUAUACGGUUCAAGUCUUACGAUACUGCUGAACUGAAGGCGUUGAAAGAGAAGGAGAAAGGCGACUGGAGGAAGCUGACAGUGGCUGAGAAGAAGGCGCUCUACCGCGCCUCGUUUUGCCAGACCUUCGCUGAGAUGGAGGCGCCCACCGGACAGUGGAAGUCCAUCUUCGGAUGCACGCUCAUCUACAUCUCCAUGGGCAUCUGGUUGAUGUACGGAAUCAAAGAGUUCGGAUUUGGUCCGUUGCCAAGGAGUUUUAACGAAGAUCGCCGUUCUCUUCAACUGCAGCGUCUGUUGGACAUGGAGUACGGCAUCAUUGAAGGUCUCUCCUCUCAAUAUGAUUACGAAAAAGAGCAAUGGAAGAAGUGAGCUCGACCAUAAACAUAUUAGGCAUCAAUAAUAUUCUCCAAGUAUGACGGUUUAGGAAAUUGGUGCAUAAAACUAUAUCAUAAAAGUCAAAUCGAUGAAAAUAAAAAAUCCAUAAUUAUAUUUUCUGAAACCAUUCCAAAGUUAGUAAUUUCAACGGAGGAAUGAAAAAUUAGAUCAUUUAGAUUUUUUUUAUAAUCAUAGAAGAUAGGCCUAUCUUGUGUAAUCAUUCCAGAAUUUUCAAGUAUUCAGUGUUUGAAGGAAUUGCGGGUUUGUAUUGAAUAAUUGAACAUGAGUAUUAUCUGUCUGUUUUUAUAUUAUAUACGUACUUUUUGAAUAAAUCAGGUUUGAUACUGUAUGUAAUAAAUCAGCUUGGGUAUUUCUACCACGGUAUAUAGAAGAAGACGGUAGGUGUCACGCGCAUGUUUGUGCUAAAUUUCCGGUGUAGCUGACGUCAUUAUAUAUCCAAUCAUCUGUUUUUAACAAAAAUACGUUUUAUAAAUCUCUAAUAGGUGUUAAAAACCUCGUUUGGUGGCGAUGACGCAAUCUUGCUGGCUGGCCACUGCGCACACAUUUCAUGACCCUACCGUUUUCAUCUAAAUACCGUGAUUUCUACAUAGUAUUAACUGAAUUUUAUAUAUAUGUCUGAAUAAAACAUGCUUGAUACUGGUUAUUAAUAAUAA